GGUCUAACCUGCCAUAUAAAGAGCAGUGUGUCUGUUGUUCAGCUCAGGGAAAGAGUGAGUCGCAUGACAGGAAGCUGUUGAAUCACUUCACUGGCUGAAGAUGCUCAGGAGCACUCUGUGGCUGUUUAUGGGGGUGUGUGUGUGGGGCUUUGCGUCCUGCUCCAUCACAUGUCCUGAUGGGAGUGUCUGCUCUGAUUACGCCACCUGCUGUUUGACUAAGCAUGGAUAUAGCUGCUGUCCAUAUCCAAAUGCUGUGUGCUGCACUGACCUGGCCCACUGCUGCCCUUCAGGUUUUCGUUGUAACCUGAUCACCCAGAUGUGUGAGAAAGAAGACCAGCUGUGGAUAAAAACACCCAUGGUGAAGAAGGAGGGUGCAGAGGAACCAAGCCCUUCUAUUUUAUCUCUAUCUCCCUUUCAGGAGCUCAAAAACAAUCAUGUCCCAGACCAAAAAAAGAGUUCAAUUGUUCACUGUGACUACUAUUACACUUGUCCAACUGGCACUACCUGCUGCAGACACCCAAAAGGAGCCUGGUUCUGUUGCCCAUACUCUCCUGGCAGGUGCUGUCUGGAUGGCUUCCACUGUUGUCCAUAUGGCUAUGACUGUGACCUCACAUAUACGUACUGCGUGAGGGGAGGCCUGAGAUACCCUUUCAACCCCAAACAAGCUCUGUCAUCAGUCCCUGCCUCUCUUAUUUCACCUUCGAAAGACAAAGCCAGCUUUCAGGAGAUACCUAUGACAGCUCUAGCAGAGGCCAGUGCUGGCACCCCCAAGGCUGGAGUCAUUCGCUGUGAUUCGGAGUUUUACUGCUCACCAGGGACAAGUUGCUGCAAGGGACCCAAAGGCCAGUGGAACUGCUGUCCCUACCCACUGGGCCAGUGUUGCAAAGAUGGUCUGCAUUGCUGUCAGUAUGGAUAUACCUGCGACCCCUCCUACGCAUCGUGCAGAAGGAUGUACUCUCAGGUCCCCUCAGGAACACAGGAACACGCCAAAACAGACCGAGGACGUGUUGUUUAAGUACACAGUGACAGUGUUUUCAUCACUUUGGUACAUUACUUUGAUACACAUUGACUCUAACAAUACUUUGCCGCUUUGUGAAAAAACAAACAAAAAAAAAAACAACAAACAAACCAAAAAAUAGAAACUGGCCA